UUCUCUCUCGCGCGCGCGCUCUCUUUCUCUCUCUUGUUUUCCUGUCCCCAGUUCGCCAGAUGCUCAUAACGGAAUCCGUUAUACCUCGAAAAGUAUAACAGUUUAAACUUUUUGAUACCACCACUUUCGACUCAGUUGUAACGGUUAAGCUUAUUAGUAACUCUCCGUGUCCAGUUUACGAGUCGGGCGUACUGUCUCUUUAAGAGCGGCUUCACCACCGACCUCCUGUCUGUCAGACAGUAUUUCCCCAUACAUUACUUCUCUUCUGCCUCUGUCUCUGUUCUUUCUGCGCUUUAGUUUAUUCGUAACGGUUUAUUUAUUUAUUUCUUUACUUGGGAAUCUUGAAGAACCUUAAAGAUGGCAGAGAUAGGGAAAGGGGUCAACGCCGGGAAACUGGCGAGUAAUGUGCAGAAGAGAAUAACGCGAGCACAAGAGAAGGUGAUGCAGAAGUUGGGUAAAGCUGAUGAAACGAAAGACACAGCCUUUGAGGAGGGAGUGGCAAACUUCAACAAGCAGCUGGCGGAGGGCACCAAACUGCAGAAAGACUUGAAGGCGUAUUUUGCGGCAGCCAAAACCAUGCACGAGUGUUCAAAGCGCCUGCACGACUGUCUGGCAGACAUGUACGACCCUGAGUGGUUUGGCAAAGAGGAGGUGGACUCCAUCGCAGAGGAGAUGAUAGAAAGAGAAAUGGAUAAUAAUCUGGAGGACACUGAUCUCCUGUGGCAGGAUUUUCAUGAGAAGCUUAUGGACAAUGCCCUCAUUUCUAUGGAUACAUACUUGGCUCAGUUUCCAGACAUAAAGGCUCGCAUCGCGAAACGUGACAGGAAGCUGGUAGACUUUGACAGUGCCAGGCAUCACUUUGCGUCUAUACAAAAAGGCAAGAAAAAGGACGAGGCCAAAAUUGCCAAGCCAUUGGCUCUGGUGGAGAAGGCUGCUCCUGUUUGGGCUCAGGGAAUAAUCUCAGCCCAUCAAAUUGCUCAAACUAACCUCUCAAGAAACCAGGCUGAGGAAGAGUUGGGAAAAGCUCAAAAGGUAUUUGAGGAGAUUAAUUACGAUCUCCAGGAGGAACUUCCAACUCUGUGGAACAGUCGUGUUGGCUUCUACGUUAACACAUUCCAGAGUGUUGCUGGCCUGGAGGAAAAAUUUCACAGGGAGAUGGGCAAGCUGAACCAGAAUCUGUGUGAUAUUAUGACCAAACUGGAUGAGCAGCGUCUAGGCAAAAAAGUUGUCAAGACAGCCAGCACUGGGAAGAGUGAAGAAGCAGCCAACCACAAUCUUUUAGAGUCUGGGUCUGACAUCCCUAAAUCACCAUCAAAGUCCAGAGAAGGACCGCCAGUCCCACGGCCCCCCAGGCCCGCUUCAUCUCAGGAGGUGAAACAGGACAACAUCAUUAACCUGUUUGAGGAUGCACUGGUGCCUGACAUUAACCUUACAACCCCCUCACAGGGGGCUUCAUGGGAAUCAUGCGAGAUGACCCCCUCCAUCUUGCCCCAGCCUGAGCAAACCCCAGCUGCAGACCCAUCUCAACAGUGGGAAUCAGACGACGAAGCUCCUGCGCAGAAUUACGGGCAGUCAUAUGAGACUACAAACUGGGAUGAUGAGGUCACACCUGCUGUGCAGCCAUAUGAACCACCCAGCUGGGAUGAGCAGGAGAGUGCAUCUGUACAGCCAGGCUGGGACUAUGAAACCGCUUUGCCUGUAGAGUCUGAGUCUGCACAGCCAGACUGGGAAGAUGGUGGUGUGGAGUGCUGGGGCGAGGAUGGGUCCCAGGUAGGGAAAGAGCAGGAUUCAGAUGCAAACUGGGGCAGUGGCACUGCCCAGACUUUGGAGGCGGGGUCUGAGCAGCCUCAGUGGGAGGAGCUUCAAAGUAAUGGAGCUGAAACGGUGACAAAUGGCUCAUCAGAAGCAGAGCUCCCUCCCUCUGUACUGUUUAAGGUGAAAGCAAUGCAUGACUAUGAAGCAACGGACAAUGAUGAACUUGGUCUGAAGGCCGGUGACAUUGUGCUUGUUAUUCCCUUUGACAAUCCAGAUGAACAGGAUGAAGGAUGGUUAAUGGGUGUAAAAGAGUCACACUGGCUUCAGAAUAAAAACCUCUUAGCUAAAGGGGUCUUUCCUGAAAACUUCACCCAGAGACUGUGAGCGGAACAGCCCUCUCAGAAUCACCCCGUUUUCUCACCAUUCUACUGUGAUAAAACAUUUUUUAUAAAACAUCUUCAAAAAUAAGGGCAUCUCACACAAAGCACACCAGCUCUGAUCUACAUUGGUCCCUUUAGAAGAAUUAUUGCAAAAAUACAUUAUAACGGUCAUUAGAUUGCAUUUAGAGAACAUUUCAUUUUGCACAAAAUUUUUAAAGUGAUGUAGAUGCAACAAAAAUGUUUCCAGGUAGGAUGCAGGCAUAAUCGAUCUUUGUGCUUUUGGGCCAUUUUGGGGAGUUUGUUUAGUACAAGUGUUGCAUAGAUUCUUUGUCAUUAACUGAUCAUGACACAUAUCAGUUAAUGUUAAUCAAUUACCCUUUUGCUUAAAGUCAACAUGAAAUACAAAUUUACUCUAUAUUUACUUUCAUAAUGCACGUUUGUUGUCUUAUUGUGCUCGAAUCAUCGGUGCACAUUAUUGCAAAAAAAAAAUAAUGUAAAUCGUAAUCUUUCAUCAAAACAGAAACGCAUUGCCUCAAACUACUUUUCUGUUCCGCUAAUGUCAUAAAUCUCUCUUACCCUUUUCCUUCCUACCACCUUGCUCCAUUCUUUGUAACACUCAUUAUAUAAUCAAGUCCUUAAUGUAAUUUCAUGUUGACUUUUAAAACCUAAAAACCACCCCUUUUCCUUUUUUUUUUUUUUUUUUUUUUUUUUUUUUCAGAAUCUGUCUUUUCACCCUAUCCUCACUUUUAAAAUGAAUGUCAAACACUUUGUUCCCCAACAUUACAGGCAAUCUUAAAACGUGAAGGGCUGUUCUCCAACCUGUCUCUUCUGUGACAUAUCACACAGUGCUUUUAUGAUGAAUAAUUUCAUGAUAUUUGUUCUUUAUUUGUUUUGUUAUUGAUGUCUUCAGGUAUAAGACACCAAAGAUUAGAAAAUAAAUUGUAUGCUAUGGGACAAACCACUGUGGGUAGACUGUAUGAGCUACAGUUUGCUUGAAACACUUUUUGCAAUGUACUGUAAAACAGAAGAGCAUUUCAAUAUUUUGUCAUGGUUGCAUGGAUGUUUUAUAGAUGUUUUAGAUUGGUGCGUAAAUGUUUUACUCUUAUUUAAAGAAGAAGACCAGACAAAUCUCAUUACCGUUAUCUUCCUAAUAACUGUCAUAUUUUAAAAUCAAAAAGCCUGUCAAAAAUAGAUUGACUUUUGCAAAUGAAUGAAUUUUUUAAGACAGAUAGUAUUGGCCUUUGAAAAUGUAUUCUGUAAUGCACUGAUGGCAACAAAGUAUUUGGUUUUACUCUCUGAUGAUGUUAUCUGAUGAAAAAUAUGCUGAGAAUCUGCUUUGCCAAACCAGUACAGAAUCUCCCAUUUUGAUAAAUUCUUGUUUUCCACCAAAAAUGUUGCUGCUAAUUUGUGAACUAAGUUACUUACAUUGUCAGUUCUGACAUUGUGAGUCUAUACUAUGUAAGUCUGGAAUAUAUAGCCUCCUCUUUCCUAUACCUGUUUACAUACCAGAGCAAUCUUUUUUUUUUUCUUGUUUUACCUCAAAUCUCUGUUUGAAUCAGAUUUGAAUAGAAUUGAAAUCAGGCAUUUGAAAGGAACAGUCAGCUAAAGGAGGUGUCUAUUCAUUGUUCCUUGUAACAAAAAUAUGUGAAUGUCCUUCAAUUCUCUGAAUGUCUAAAUGAUAAAGGCUCAAAGAUUGGGAAAGGGAAUGAGUUGAAUAGAAGAUUUGUUUUCUGUUAAUGGCCGAUCGUAGACAUAGAUUAAGAAUGUUUUACACCAAGGAAUAUUCAUUAGACAGUCACAGACAUCAGUUCUAUCCAAUCCUAACUCUUCUGACUAGUAAAAAUAAAAUUACAUUUAUUAUUUCUUUAAGAUCCACCCCUCAAAUACAUUAAAGAUUAAAGGGCUUUAUUUAUCUCAGAACAUACCAUUUGACAGUCUAUGAAAAUUCAGAUGUACCACAUGUACCACGUAUAAGUAUUUAUUUCCAAAUAGAAAAAUUGUGUGCUGGGGUGUUUUGGUAGUUUAGGAUGUAACUCUGUGAGAAACUGAAACCUGUCUGGCAGCCUUUGAGAAGCAUAUUCAAAUUAAAAUCAAA